AUGUAAUAAGAAUUCAAAUUACCAUAAAAGAUAAUAGAGUUAUAUGCUAAAUAUUAGAAUAAAUCAUAAAAAGUGAAAAAAUUCUAACUUUAAGAGCAUACAUUUAUGUUAGAAGAUAAUUAUUCUCCAGCAGAGAUAAGUAAUAAUAAUUAAUAAAAUAUAAAGUUGGAAGUGGUGCUUAUGGAUGUGUUAUAUAAGCUGAUGAUAAGAAUGCAAAAACAGAAAAGGACAGAUAAGUGGCAAUAAAAAAAAUAGAAAGAGCUUUUGAACAUAGAUUAUAUGCAAAAAGAACAUUGAGAGAGUUAAAGAUACUCAGAUUAAUGAGACAUGAGAAUGUAAAGUAUCCAGAAUAAAUUAGAUUGUUGAAUUAAAAACUCUACUAUUACCAAAAUCAAGAGAAGAAUUUGAAGAUGUUUAUAUGGUUACAGAAUUAUUAGAAACAGACUUAGCAUAAGUAAUCAAGAGUGACUAAGUUUUAACAGAUGAACAUAUCUAAUUAUUUUUAUAUUAAAUAUUGAGAGGAUUAAAAUAUUUACAUACAGCAGGAAUAUUGCAUCGUGAUUUAGUAUCUUUUUAUUAAAAAAUUAAUUUAGAAACCAAGAAAUUUAUUAUUAAAUAGAAAUUGUGAUCUCAAAAUCUGUGAUUUCGGUUUAGGCAGAGCAAUGGCUGAUCCAACAUCAUCAAAUAAUGCCAAUAUUAUGACAUAUUAUGUUGAAACUAGAUGGUAUAGAGCACCUGAAUUGUUAGUGAGUUUUAAGAAUUAUACUCCUGCUGUUGAUAUGUGGUCAGUUGGAUGUAUUUUGGCAGAGUUAUUAUUAAGAAAACCUUUCUUAAGAGGUGAUUCAAGUAUUUUUUAUUAAACUAACUAAGCUAAACGAUAAGUUAAAUUAAUUUUUGAAUUAUUAGGAACUCCUAAUGAUAAUUAUAUUUAAUCAUUUUAAGAUGAAAAAGUUUAAAAUAAUUUAAGGAAAGUUAUUAAAGAAACUGGACCAAAAUAAGGAAUUCCUUUAGAAUAAUUAUUUAAAAAUGCUUCUAAAAAUGGUAUUAGUUUGAUAUUACAAUUAAAGCUUUGGAUUUAUUAAGAAAACUAUUAACAUUUGAUUAUCAUUAAAGAAUUACAGUUUAAUAAGCUUUAGAGCAUCCAUAUUUGGCAUAAUUACAUUUUGAAGCAGAUGAACCAAGUGCUUAAUUAGUAAAUCAAUUAGAAUUUGAAUUUGAAAAAUACGAAAUGACAAGAGAAUAAAUAAAAGGUAAAAAAUAACCCUAAUCUUAUUAGAUCUUCUUUAUGAAGAAAUUUUAUUGUAUCAUUUUCCAGAUUUCUAAACAUCUUAUGAGGCAAAGAAAAAAAGUGGAUAAAGUUUAAUAUCUCACAUAGUAAAUAAUGAAAAUGCAAAAAUAGUAAAUUUAUUUUUCUAAAUAAUAAUAGUUUGAUCCAACAGCAGAUGAUGAUCUAGAUAGAGAUUGAAAUAUAUUUCAUUCAAAAUUAU